AUUCUGUAGGUCGGAAUCACUUCAGUUUCUGACAUCAGCAGCUUUACAGAGUUAUAAAAAAGUAGCUAGACGCUAAAUAAGAGCAUCAUGUCUCCUAAGGUUUUCGCCAUUUUCGCCAUUCUUGUCGUCGUCGCGGCCCUUGUGGCAGCGAAGGAGGAAGAUAAGAAGGAAGAGAUUCAGGAGGGGGCAGAAGGCAGAUUUUAUGGGUAUGGUGGUUAUGGAGGAUAUGGUCUAGGUGGUUAUGGUGGGUACGGUCUGGGUGGUUAUGGACGUGGUUUUGGCUACGGUCACGGCGGUUAUGGUCACGGAUUCGGACGUGGAUACGGUGGAUUUGGCCAUGGCGGUUAUGGAGGAUACGGAUUCUACGGAUAAUUUCGCCCCUCAAAUACUCUCAAAAUUUGAAGCCUAAAUUUUACGCCAUACUUAAUUAUGUAUCCUAAAAUAUAAUCAGAUAAUUGGAGCUUAAUUAUUAUCAAAAUUGGAGUUUAUUACAGAAUGUUUGUAAAUUAUGAAAAAAAUUCUAAUUGACGAAAAACGAAAUAUAAACACCCACCUACAUAUUUUUCAAGAA